CAACUAUAAACUGAUAUGGUGCGUUCUGAACGCUCCGGCAAAGUAGAAGCUAGCAGCUUCAUCCAUUCCUCGUCUUCUUUCCACAAGUGGAUGGCUCCCAUCAAGGAAUCUCCUCCACUUCUGAGGAGCCUCUUGUUGGGUCUCUGCACGGUCUUGUUGGCAUCCAACUUCUCCAGUGCUACCCCACAGACAGAAAGAACCGUUGCCGUGAUCGGCAACAGUGAAUGCUUAGAUUGUGCACAGAAAAGUAUCAAGAACGAGGAAGCAUUCAAAGGGCUUCACGUAGCCAUCCAAUGCAAAACUGGCAAUGGGUUCUACGAGACCAAAGGUGUAGGUUUGCUCGACAAGAGUGGAAGCUUCGACGUACAACUGCCGAGCGGCAUCCUCCGUGAUGAUGGGGAACUGAAGGAUGAGUGCUUUGCGCAGCUCCGCAGUCACUCUGAAGCUCCUUGCCCUGACAAUAAUGGAGUGGAUCAAUCUAAGAUCGUGCUGAAAUCUAAAGAGAGUGGAAAACACACAUUUGUUGUGGCAGCGGGGAAACUGUCGUUCUCAUCGACAUGCACGUCGGCAUUCCAUUUCAAGCUCCCUCCCAAGUUGCGUACACCCCAAAAGCCACCGACCCCAGUCCACAAACCGCCACCGGCCAAAAAGCCAUGCCCGCCGCCCAAGAAGCCAUGUCCACCGGCUCCCAAGAAGCCAUGCCCACCGGCUCCCAAGAAGCCGUGCCCGCCGCCCAAGAAGCCGUGUCCCCCACCGCCCAAGAAGCCAUGUCCACCGGCUCCCAAGAAGCCGUGCCCGCCCAAGAAGCCAUGUCCACCGGCUCCUAAGAAGCCAUGUCCACCGGCUCCCAAGAAGCCAUGCCCGCCGCCGUGCCCACCGCCAUGCCCCGUAGCCAUCCAAUGCAAAACUGGCAAUGGGUUCUACGAGACCAAAGGUGUAGGUUUGCUCGGCAAGAGUGGAAGCUUCGACGUACAACCACCGAGCGGCAACCUCCAUGAUGGUGGGGAGCCGAAGGAUGAGUGCUUUGCGCAGCUCCGCAGCGAUGAGGUGGAAGCAGAGCAAGCACAAGUAAAUGAUGAGGUAGUUGAUGAUGAACCGAGCGUGGAGUCUUCGCAAUCACUUGAGAAUGCUAUCUCAUCGGAAGAACUGCCAAUGCAGUACGAUGACUAUGUCACUUCUUUCAUUUUUUCUGCUAAUUAUGUUUGUGCUUAUAUUGCUUUGACGGAGGAGGACGAGCCAAUUUCAUACAGGGAGGCUUGCGAUGAGGUGGAAGCAAAGCAAGCACAAGUAAAUGAUGAGGUAGUUGAUGAUGAACCGAGCGUGGAGUCUCCGUAA